AUGCGCUGCCAGCUUCUGGAGCAACCGCCUCCAGUGGGGUCGGAGCGCUCGUCGCCGUCUACGGUCCGUCAGCGUUUAUCUGAAGCUGAGGAAGAAGAAGAGCUACUAAACCGACAGCUAGCCAUUGCCCGCAAAAGGCGAGAGCUGCAAAUAUUGCAACAGGAGCUGGGCGUCAAUGAGAAACAUUUAGACCUGGCCAUUCUGGAUGCUAUGAUCGUCAAGUUCGAUGGCUCGGAGCUACAAGACGUACGCAAGUGGACCGGUGACCUAGAGAACGUCUUCGAAGCGUACAAUUAUGCUGAACGCGACAAGCUAGUGGCAGCCCGCCACUUGAUGACUGGGCAAGCGAAGCGUUUUGCAUCCAUCAUAACGGUGCGAACGUAUGGGGAGCUUAAAGCGGCAUUAUUGCAGGAGUUCGAAAGGGCAUUUUCUAUGCAGGAUGUGUUUGCGCAAUUGAAAGCACGCACGAUGAAGGUAAACGAAACGCCCCGACAAUACAUUAUCGAGAUGCAGCUUAUCGCUAGUCGCUCCAACAUUCCAGAACUGGAAUUAAUCGAUAUAAUAAUCGAUGGUCUCCAGGACAAGUCAUCGCAGGUAUCGAUGCUUUACAGUGCCACCACUUUAGCCGAAUUGAAGUUACUCAUGGAACGAUAUGAGAAAAAGAAGCGAAUCAAAACUCAGUUCGCUAAUACAGCCACUGGCGGAAAACAAAAGGAAGGAGCAGCAGUUGGUAGCACCCAGGGCGGUGCAAUUAAACAAGAAAAUGUCCGCUGUUUUAAUUGCUUCGCGUACGGGCAUUUCCAAAGCGCCUGUACGGCACCCAGACGCCAUCCAAAUGCUUGCUUUGUGUGCAAUGAAGUAGGGCACACCCGAUUCGAUUGCCCGAAAAAGAAGACCAGAGGAGUAGCGGCGGCCGUGACAGCAGUAGAAGCAGCAGACGAAAAUCUGGAAGAUCGUCUAGUACGUAGAGUAGUGGAGCAACUUACUGCAAAAAAUUGGUCCGGUUAGCUUUGUGCGGAAGUCCUGUGUGCCUUCUGGCUUUAUUAAUAAA